CAAGCUUGAAGAUGUUUUCAGUUUUGUUUAUCUGGCGUGCGGUUUAAUGUUUUUCUGUGUUGCUACAAAUUUGAUGGGCAGAUAGUUAAGCAUCGGUAGAAGGUCGUUGGAAAUCAGUUAACUUACAAUAUUUAUAAUAUUUUACAGAAUUAUAUUGUAAAACUUCUCUCAAAGACUACAAUCGUUUGAAUCUUUUGUAAAGUUAAAGUGAUUUUUACUGUGUUCUAUAAUUAGUUUGUGGAAAGUGACUAAGCUGGAACUAAGUUGAGGUUAUGUUUAAUUCUUUAUUAUUUCUGAAAAAUUGCAUUUAAACUAUGCAUACGGUAACUAAAGAAUUUAUAUUAUAAUUAUUGUAUAUGUAUAAAUUUUUAAAAUUCUUUUUUAUUCAUUAUGUGUGCUAAGAGUUUUUAUUGUGUGCUUUAGAAAUUAAAAUAGGGUGGUUUACUUGCUCGAACAUUAUAAACAAACAAGAAACAACCAUGGCAGCCCAAUCUUUCUACAGUAUGAAAUGGGAAAAUUACUUGUAUCAUGUCAGUGAUCUUUUUAAUCAACUUCUACAAACUGGCUCUAUGUCUGAUAUUACUCUGUAUGCCGAAGGAACAAAGAUAAACUGUCAUAAAAUACUUUUGUCAGCCUGCAGUCCAUAUUUCCAGGAAAUUUUAUCAGACGUCGGCUCAGAAAAAACAGCAAUUGUAAUAAGUGGUAUAGAAGGCGAAGAUGUGAAAUCGUGCAUUGAGUUUAUCUACAAAGGAGAGAUCAAUGUAAAGGCUGAUCGUUUAUGCUCAGUUUUAAAAGCAGCUCAAGUUCUGAAGAUUUGCGGACUCACUGAUGUGAAGUGCGAAACCACCAACGACACUAGCUCAUCGGUGGGAGGAGCACAGCUGACUGUAAACAACCAAUCAGAGAAGGAGGGAGGAGCCAAACUAGUGUUGAAGUGCAAAACUCCAGCGGCACAACCCAAAUCCAAGGAGGUCACCACCAACCCUGAGGAUAAAGAUAACCUUGAGGUAGCAGAGGAUGGAGAUAGCGAAGAAGAGACUGAAAUUAUUGUGCUGCCCGAUCAUAUGAUGUUGGAAGAGGCGGUGGUAGUGGGAGGGAAAAGUGGAUCGGAGGGGAGAAAAGAGAAAACGAAGAUAGGCAAUGAGAAAAGUGAGAUAGAACACAAUUUGACGAUUGAGGAGGAUACCGAUUACGAGGCCAAGGAUGUGAGUUGUGAUGCUCUAAAAUUUCGUAAGGCGAGAAAGAAGGUUUUAAAAGGGAAGGAUACAAGGAAAAGAUCUUACAGUGAAGCAGCAAUGCAGGCGGCCAUUGAAGACAUGCGGGCCGGUAAGAAUCUUGUCAAGUCAGCACGAGAGCACUGUGUCCCGAAGACAACACUGUACUGUCGAGCCAGGCGGAUCGGCGCCUGCCACAGGAUUCACCGCAAGGGAUAUCCCAUGGAGCAGAUGAAUGGUGCACUGGAAGCUGUUGCAAAUGGUAGCAGCCUACAGUACGCGUCGACACAGUUCGGUAUACCGAAAACAGUGCUUUGGCGAAGGGUGAAGAAGGAAUUCGAGGAAAGAAAUAUGGCGGAAAUUGAACAGUUAUGCAGUGACUUGAUAACGCCGACUUCUGUCAAAGUGGUCCAUCCUGACGCGAAUACGGCCGCCGAGGAUAGUGUGUCGAUAAGGAGGGUGUCGCCUCAGUAUCAGAUUCCAAAAGCAACAUUAUUUAGGUGGGAAAAAGUUGAGAAAAUUAAUACAGAAGACUUGGGUAGUGGUUCAAGCACGCUGAGUGCUGAUGAAGAAAUCAAAUGUGAGCUGCUGCCUGUUGAAAAUGAGCAGGGCAUUGUUGAGGUGGCCUCUUCUAGUAAUGAGGAACAGAGUAACACUGAUGUACAAGUGAAUUAUCUGGACAGUGCAGAAUUCUCGAAUUCAUCGAUAAUCAUAUUGGAGUCUGCUACAGUUGAGCAAAAUAAUGAAAUGAUUAUACCAUAAUUAAGAUCCUGAAUUGCAGCUAAACAAAGAGAAUCACAAAUCUGAGCUGAGUUGGAAUAAGCCAAACCUUUCCAAACGCAGAUACCAUCUUCAAAAUUCAAAUUUUUGUUUUCUUUAGGAUUGAACGUUGUCCUAUAGAAGAGAUGAACUCUUCUACAGUUCCUGGUUUAAAAUAACAUCAUCCUUAGCAAAAAAAUAAUACAUUAGGAAGUCAAUAAGGAAAGUAAUAAAUUCUUCCCUUUUGGGAACAAAAGUUUUUCCUACAUUAAGUAGAUCUCAGACGACUUGAUACUGUCGACGAAUUGAUGAUUUCAACAACAAAGAGAUGAUCCUAUUGGAUUUUUUUGAAUGAAUGAAAAUUUUCAGUAAAUUGAUAUCAGGGCCCUGAGUUUAGUUUCAAAAACGUUGCCUUACUAAGAUAUUUGUGAACUAUAAAUUUAUUAAAUUUAAGAGAUCUAUCCCACCAGGAGAUUUUCCCCACAAGCCCAAGAGAUUUUUCAACGCAAUAUAAUAUGCUGUAGCAUGUGAAAAUGUGAGACGAUGAAUCCCACUUGAGUAAGAGACUUGUGCGUUGUAGUGUGCUAGAAAAAAGUUAGUAAUGAUGUGCAUUCCACAAAGAAAGAAAAAAAAAGAAUCUAUAGUUUUAAGUGGAUUCCAAACUGUAUGAAUGUUUUGAAAAAGAUAAUUUAUCACUAUAGUUAUGAAGCUUAUUGAUAUUUGUGUGUAAUUAGUUAAUGUGAAAUAAAUUAUUUUAGAAUGUCCAAUAUGUUUGUAUGUAAUUGGUUUUGUUCAGUACGAUACAAAACUAUUUUAGUAAUUUA